CAAACCAUGGGGUACCAGAAUUCUGAGAUCUUGGUGUGGUUAGCCUUGACACUUUCUAUCUCAAGUGCCUAUGACAUUGUUCCAGGUAGACCUAUCGAUCACACCCAGUCUAUCUGCAGUUCAUGGGGAAACUUCCAUUACAAGACAUUUGAUGGAGUUAUCUAUCAGUUUCCUGGUACCUGCAACUAUAAUUUGGCUUCAGACUGUGGGGACUCCUAUCGUGAGUUUUCUGUCCACAUCCAGCGUUCCACUGAGAAUGAUAGCCCAAUAAUUAAUCAAAUCCUUAUGCAAAUCAAGGAUGUCACCAUUGAGCUCAGGAGAGAUUCUGAGAAGCUGAAUGGGGAAAUCUUUGAGGCCCCUUACUUCAGCUAUGGGAUUCUCAUAAACAAGAAGGAUGGCUACACAAAGGUGAUUACAAAGAUUGGGCUGACCCUCACAUGGAACCAAGAAGAUUCAGUUAUGUUAGAGCUGGAUUCCAAGUAUAAUGGCAAGAUGUGUGGACUCUGUGGAGAUUACAAUGGCAUGCCAGUCAGUAAUGAAUUCUAUAUGAAUGAUAUGUCACUCACCCCUCUCCAGUUUGGAAAUAUGCAAAAUGUCAAUGAUCCAACUAUUACCUGCAGAAAUGUAAACGAGAACCAGCAAUUUGAUGCUUCUAAUUGUCGGCAAUACUACUCUGUGUGCAAGAGUUAUCUCAGCCAAAGUGCUUUUUCAUCAUGCCUUGAACUUCUCGAUGUAUCAGAUUACAUUAUGGCCUGUAUGCUUGAUGUGUGCUCCUGUAGCAGUGGCGAUGUCUCAUGUCUAUGCAGUACAUUAACUGAGUUUUCAAGGCAAUGCACUCAUGCAGGAGGGCAACCACAGAACUGGAGAACUGAUACCCUCUGUCCUAAGCAGUGCCCUGGAAACAUGGUAUACAAGGAGAGUGGAUCCCCAUGUAUAAGUACAUGUUCUCAUCGUGAAGUAAAAAGCCUUUGUGAGGAACAUGAUGUAGAUGGCUGUUUCUGUCCUGAUGGCACAGUGUGGGAUGAUUACAAUAACGCAGGCUGUAUUUCAACAAGUGAAUGUUAUUGCAAGUUUCAAGAAGAAUUCUAUGCUCCUGGAUCAAAGGUCAUAAAUGAUUGCGAUGAAUGCUCUUGUAAUGCAGGAAAAUGGAUGUGCACAGGUGGAACCUGCCCCAAAGUUUGUUCCAUUGAAGGAGGAGCUCAUUUCAAAACAUUUGAUGGAAAGUCAUAUGAUUUCUAUGGCAGCUGUUACUAUUUGCUAUCUAAGAUCGACUUAAACAAUGGCGAGACCCACACAAUUGCAGCCGAGCUGACUCCAUGUAACGCUUAUUCACGUGAAACUUGUCUAAAAAGCAUCAAGUACUACACAGACAAUGGGAAAAAUGUUGUGUCCAUAAGAGCCGAUGGAUCUGUUCUAUUAAAUGAUCUCCAAGUAAGCAUCCCUCAUGUUACAGGAAGUUUUUCAGUUGUACAGCCCUCUGGAUCAUUUGUCAUUGUGGAGUCAAGUUUUGGUCUCCAAAUUCAAGUCCAGUUCCUACCAUUAAUGCAGGUGUAUAUUAGAAUGGAUAAUUCUGAGGAGAAUACAUUGGAAGGUCUUUGCGGUAACUUUAAUUACAUAGAAGGAGAUGACUUCAAAACAUCUGGAGGUAUAGAAGAAGCAACAGCAUCCGCCUUUGCCAACACCUGGAAAAUGCAGACUACCUGCCAAGACUCCUCAGAGAUGUUAGGAGAUCCAUGCAGCUUCAGUGUUGAGACCAAAACGUAUGCUGAGUACUGGUGUUCUAAAUUAAAAGAUGCAGAUUCCAUUUUUGGCACAUGCCAUGAUAAAGUAGACCCAGAUGAAUAUUACAAGCGAUGUCUGACUGAUACCUGCAGCUGUAGUCGUAGCGAUGUCUGCAUGUGUGCUGCAAUGUCCUCAUAUGCCAGAACCUGUGCAGCUAAAGGAAAGAUCUUGUGGGGCUGGAGAAAUGGAACCUGUGAAAAAGACAUUCCCAGCUGCCCAUCCUCACAGAUAUACUUGUAUAACCUUACUACUUGUCAGUCUACUUGCCGCUCCCGGGCACUUGGAGAAAAAGAAUGUGAUAGUGAAUUCACCCCAAUUGAUGGCUGUGGGUGCCCAGAUGGGAUGUAUGUCAAUGAAAGACAUGAAUGUGUUUCCCUAUCAGAAUGUUCUUGCUACCACCAAGGAAUGUAUCUUAGGCCAUAUGAAGUUUUCUACAAAAGGGAUGAACGCUGUUCUUGUGCUGAAGGAAAACUCACCUGCGCUAGUUUUGUCAAUGAGACUUGUAUCAAUGGGAAAGUCUUCUUUGACUGCAGCUCGGUCGAGAAAGGAGCUAGCAUUCCGCAACAUAGGAGCUGUCGGACUCUGAAUAUCGGACCUGUAUGGCCAGAAUGUAUCUCAGGUUGUGUUUGUCCAAAUGGGCUUCUUGAUGAUGGCAAUGGAGGUUGUGUUCUUGAGAGUUACUGUCCUUGCACUUACAAUAAUCAAGUUUUUCCUCAUGGAUCUACCCUCAAUGAAGAAUGCAAAUACUGCGAAUGCAAGAGUGGACUUUGGUCAUGCAUACAAACACCUUGUUAUGGAACAUGUGCCAUCUAUGGAAGCGGCCAUUAUAUUACCUUUGACAAGAAAUUUUAUGACUUUGAUGGAAGUUGUGAAUUUGUUGUUGCCCAGGACUAUUGCGGAAAUAUUGCAUCAAACGGUACUUUUAGAAUAAUCACAGAGAAUAUCCCUUGUGGCACCACUGGAGUAACAUGUUCAAAGUCUAUCAAAAUAUAUUUAAGGAAUACAGAACUUAAGUUGGCAGAUGAGCAAAUGGAGAAAACUGUAGGGGAUCUUUCAAGUGAAGAGGAAGAAUUCAGAGCUCGGGAAGUUGGCCUUUACAUAGUAAUCCAUACAAGAGAUGAUGUUUUCUUCAUCUGGGACAAAAAAACGUCAUUGUUAAUCAGGUUGCCUUCCUCAUACAAGGGCAACGUUUGUGGCCUGUGUGGAAAUUUUGAUGAUAAUGCCAACAAUGACUUCCUGACCAGCCAAAUGAUUCAAGCCAGCAAUGUAAUGGAUUUUGGAAACAGCUGGAAGCGCAGUAAUAUUUGCCCUGAUGCAGAAAGUAUUCCCCAGCCAUGCUUUGCAGCUCCCCAUCGUAGAUCUUGGGCUGAAAAGAAGUGUGACAUUAUCAACAGCAAUGUUUUUCUAAGCUGCCACGGCAAGGUGGAUCCAAAACCCUUCUAUGACUCUUGUGUAAAUGAUGUCUGCUCCUGUGACACUGGUGGAGACUGCGAGUGCUUCUGUACUGCUCUGUCUGCCUACGCUCAACAAUGCUCUAAAGUAGAUGUCUGUGUUGACUGGAGAACACCAGAAAUUUGUCCAAUAUACUGUGACUAUUACAAUGAUAAUGAGAAUGAAUGUAUGUGGCACUACAUGUCCUGUGGCCCACAGUACAGCACCUUUGAGCACAUCACCAAGUACUGCUUUUCACCCCCUGUCACUCACCUGGAAGGCUGCUAUCCGGUUUGUCCACCUGAACGUCCAUAUUAUGAUGAAAGAAACAAAUCAUGUAUUGAAGAAUGUGACUCCUGCUUUAUCAAUAACAGAAUCUAUGAGAUUAAUGAUCCUGUUCCUACUAAUGACCCCUGUCAAACAUGUAAAUGUGAUACUAACCGACAACUGAGUUGUUCUUCCAUUGACAAUCCUCCAGCAAGUUGUCUCCCCAAAUGCUACAUCAAUGGCCAAGCCUACAACAUUAAUGAUGAGGUACCUAGCACUGACGACUGUUCCACAUGUAAGUGUGAUGUUACCAAGACAGUGACUUGUGUUGCUAUGAUCAACCCUCCAGCAAGUUGUCUCCCCAAAUGUUAUUUCAAUGGCCAAACCUACAACAUUAAUGACGCUGUACCCAGCACAGACGUUUGUUCCACAUGUAAGUGUGAUGUUACCAAGACCGUGACUUGUGUUGCUAUGAGCAACCCUCCAGCAAGUUGUCUCCCCAAAUGCUACGUCAAUGGCCUUCCCUACAAUGUCAAUGAUGUGGUACCUAGCACAGAUGACUGUUCCACAUGUAAGUGUGAUACUAACCAAGAAGUGACUUGUGUUCUUAUUACCAAUCCUCCAACAAAAUGUCUCCCCGUAUGUGUCAUCAAUGGCCAAACCUACAACAUUAAUGACGCUGUACCCAGCACAGAUGGUUGUUCCACAUGUAAGUGUGAUGUUACCAAGACAGUGACUUGUGUUGCUAUGAGCAACCCUCCAGCAAGUUGUCUCCCCAAAUGCUACGUCAAUGGCAUUCCCUACAAUGUUAAUGACGUGGUACCUAGCACAGACGACUGUUCCACAUGUAAGUGUGAUACUAACCAAGAAGUGUAUUGUGCUCCUAUGAACAACCCUCCAACAAAAUGUCUCCCCGUAUGUGUCGUCAAUGGCCAAACCUACAACAUUAAUGACGCUGUACCCAGCACAGACGCUUGUUCCACAUGUAAGUGUGACGUUACCAAGACAGUGACUUGUGUUGCUAUGAUCAACCCUCCAGCAAGUUGUCUCCCCGUAUGUUAUUUCAAUGGCCAAACCUACAACAUUAAUGACGCUGUACCCAGCACAGACGGUUGUUCCACAUGUAAGUGUGAUGUUACCAAGACAGUGACUUGUGUUGCUAUGAGCAACCCUCCAGCAAGUUGUCUCCCCAAAUGCUACGUCAAUGGCCUUUCAUACAAUGUUAAUGACGUGGUACCUAGCUCAGACGACUGUUCCACAUGCAAGUGUGAUACUAACCAACAAGUGACUUGUGAUACUAUUAGCAAUCCUCCAUUAAAAUGUCUUCCCAUAUGUAUCAUCGAUUACCAAGUCUACAAAAUUAAUGAUGAGGUACCUAGCCCAGAUGACUGUUCCACAUGUAAGUGUGAUAUUACCAGGACAGUGACUUGUGUUGCUAUGAGCAACCCUCCAGCAAGCUGUCUCCCCAAAUGUUACAUCAAUGGCCAGGCCUACAACAUUAAUGACGCUGUACCUUGCUCAGAUGACUGUUCCACAUGUAAAUGUGAUACUAACCAAGAAGUGUCUUGUGCUCCUAUUGACAAUCCUCCAACAAAAUGUCUCCCCGUAUGUGUCAUCAAUGGCCAAACCUACAACAUUAAUGACGAUGUACCUAGCCCAGAUAGCUGUUCCACAUGUAAGUGUGAUGUUACCAAGACAGUGACUUGUGUUCGAAUGAGCAACCCUCCAGCAAGUUGUCUCCCCGUAUGUUAUUUCAAUGGCCAAACCUACAACAUUAAUGACGCUGUACCCAGCACAGACGCUUGUUCCACAUGUAAGUGUGAUACUACCAAGACAGUGACUUGUGUUGCUAUGAGCAACCCUCCAGCAAGUUGUCUCCCCAAAUGCUACGUCAAUGGCCUUUCAUACAAUGUUAAUGACAUGGUACCUAGCUCAGAUGACUGUUUCACAUGUAAGUGUGAUACUAACCAACAAGUGUAUUGUGCUCCUCUGAACAAUCCUCCAAAAAGUUGUCUCCCCGUAUGUGUCAUCAAUGGCCAAACCUACAACAUUAAUGACGCUGUACCCAGCACAGACGCUUGUUCCACAUGUAAGUGUGAUACUACCAAGACAGUGACUUGCGUUGCUAUGAGCAACCCUCCAGCAAGCUGUCUCCCCGUAUGUGUCAUCAAUGGCCAAACCUACAACAUUAAUGACGCUGUACCCAGCACAGACGGUUGUUCCACAUGUAAGUGUGAUGUUACCAAGACAGUGACUUGUGUUGCUAUGAGCAACCCUCCAGCAAGUUGUCUCCCCAAAUGCUACAUCAAUGGCAUUCCCUACAAUGUUAAUGACGUGGUACCUAGCACAGAUGACUGUUCCACAUGUAAGUGUGAUACUAACCAACAAGUGUAUUGUGCUCCUAUGAACAAUCCUCCAACAAAAUGUCUCCCCGUAUGUGUCAUCAAUGGCCAAACCUACAACAUUAAUGACGCUGUACCUAGCCCAGACGCUUGUUCCACAUGUAAGUGUGAUGUUACCAAGACAGUGACUUGUGUUGCUAUGAGCAACCCUCCAGCAAGUUGUCUCCCCAAAUGUUAUUUCAAUGGCCAAACCUACAACAUUAAUGACGCUGUACCCAGCACUGACGGUUGUUCCACAUGUAAGUGUGAUGUUACCAAGACAGUGACUUGUGUUGCUAUGAGCAACCCUCCAGCAAGUUGUCUCCCCAAAUGCUACGUCAAUGGUCUUUCUUACAAUGUUAAUGACGUGGUACCUAGCUCAGACGACUGUUCCACAUGCAAGUGUGAUACUAACCAACAAGUGACUUGUGAUACUAUUAGCAAUCCUCCAUUAAAAUGUCUUCCCAUAUGUAUCAUCGAUUACCAAGUCUACAAAAUUAAUGAUGAGGUACCUAGCCCAGAUGACUGUUCCACAUGUAAGUGUGAUAUUACCAGGACAGUGACUUGUGUUGCUAUGAGCAACCCUCCAGCAAGUUGUCUCCCCAAAUGUUACAUCAAUGGCCAGGCCUACAACAUUAAUGACGCUGUACCUUGCUCAGAUGACUGUUCCACAUGUAAGUGUGAUACUAACCAAGAAGUGUAUUGUGCUCCUAUUGACAAUCCUCCAACAAAAUGUCUCCCCGUAUGUGUCAUCAAUGGCCAAACCUACAACAUUAAUGACGAUGUACCUAGCCCAGAUGGCUGUUCCACAUGUAAGUGUGAUGUUACCAAGACAGUGACUUGUGUUCGAAUGAGCAACCCUCCAGCAAGUUGUCUCCCUGUAUGUUAUUUCAAUGGCCAAACCUACAACAUUAAUGACGCUGUACCUAGCACAGACGUUUGUUCCACAUGUAAGUGUGAUAUUACCAAGACAGUGACUUGUGUUGCUAUGAGCAACCCUCCAGCAAGUUGUCUCCCCAAAUGUUACAUCAAUGGCCUUUCCUACAAUGUUAAUGAUGUGGUACCUAGCUCAGAUGACUGUUCCACAUGUAAGUGUGAUACUAACCAACAAGUGUAUUGUGCUCCUAUGAACAAUCCUCCAACAAAAUGUCUCCCCGUAUGUGUCUUCAAUGGCCAAACCUACAACAUUAAUGACGCUGUACCCAGCACAGACGCUUGUUCCACAUGUAAGUGUGAUAUUACCAAGACUGUGACUUGUGUUGCUAUGAGCAACCCUCCAGCAAGUUGUCUUCCCGUAUGUGUCAUCAAUGGCCAAACCUACAACAUUAAUGACGCUGUACCCAGCACAGACGGUUGUUCCACAUGUAAGUGUGAUAUUACCAAGACAGUGACUUGUGUUGCUAUGAGCAACCCUCCAGCAAGUUGUCUCCCCAAAUGUUACAUCAAUGGCAUUCCCUACAAUGUUAAUGACGUGGUACCUAGCACAGAUGACUGUUCCACAUGUAAGUGUGAUACUAACCAACAAGUGUAUUGUGCUCCUAUGAACAAUCCUCCAACAAAAUGUCUCCCCGUAUGUGUCAUCAAUGGCCAAACCUACAACAUUAAUGACGCUGUACCUAGCCCAGACGCUUGUUCCACAUGUAAGUGUGAUGUUACCAAGACAGUGACUUGUGUUGCUAUGAGCAACCCUCCAGCAAGCUGUCUCCCCAAAUGUUAUUUCAAUGGCCAAACCUACAACAUUAAUGACGCUGUACCCAGCACUGACGGUUGUUCCACAUGUAAGUGUGAUGUUACCAAGACAGUGACUUGUGUUGCUAUGAGCAACCCUCCAGCAAGUUGUCUCCCCAAAUGCUACGUCAAUGGUCUUUCUUACAAUGUUAAUGACGUGGUACCUAGCUCAGACGACUGUUCCACAUGCAAGUGUGAUACUAACCAACAAGUGACUUGUGAGACUAUUAGCAAUCCUCCAUUAAAAUGUCUUCCCAUAUGUAUCAUCGAUUACCAAGUCUACAAAAUUAAUGAUGAGGUACCUAGCCCAGAUGACUGUUCCACAUGUAAGUGUGAUAUUACCAGGACAGUGACUUGUGUUGCUAUGAGCAACCCUCCAGCAAGUUGUCUCCCCAAAUGUUACAUCAAUGGCCAGGCCUACAACAUUAAUGACGCUGUACCUUGCUCAGAUGACUGUUCCACAUGUAAGUGUGAUACUAACCAAGAAGUGUCUUGUGCUCCUAUUGACAAUCCUCCAACAAAAUGUCUCCCCGUAUGUGUCAUCAAUGGCCAAAUCUACAACAUUAAUGACGAUGUACCUAGCCCAGAUAGCUGUUCCACAUGUAAGUGUGAUGUUACCAAGACAGUGACUUGUGUUCGAAUGAGCAACCCUCCAGCAAGUUGUCUCCCCGUAUGUUAUUUCAAUGGCCAAACCUACAACAUUAAUGACGCUGUACCUAGCACAGACGGUUGUUCCACAUGUAAGUGUGAUACUACCAAGACAGUGACUUGUGUUGCUAUGAGCAACCCUCCAGCAAGUUGUCUCCCCAAAUGCUACGUCAAUGGCCUUUCAUACAAUGUUAAUGACGUGGUACCUAGCUCAGAUGACUGUUCCACAUGUAAGUGUGAUACUAACCAACAAGUGUAUUGUGCUCCUCUGAACAAUCCUCCAAAAAGUUGUCUCCCCGUAUGUGUCAUCAAUGGCCAAACCUACAACAUUAAUGACGCUGUACCCAGCACAGACGCUUGUUCCACAUGUAAGUGUGAUACUACCAAGACAGUGACGUGUGUUGCUUUGAGCAACCCUCCAGCAAGUUGUCUCCCCAAAUGCUACAUCAAUGGUCAAGCCUACAAUAUUAAUGAUGUGGUACCUAGCUCAGACGACUGUUCCACAUGUAAGUGUGAUACUAACCAACAAGUGUAUUGUGCUCCUAUUACCAAUCCUCCAACAAGAUGUCUCCCCGUAUGUGUCAUCAAUGGCCAAACCUACAACAUUAAUGACGCUGUACCCAGCACAGACGCUUGUUCCACAUGUAAGUGUGAUGUUACCAAGACAGUGACUUGUGUUGCUAUGAGCAACCCUCCAGCAAGUUGUCUCCCCGUAUGUUAUUUCAAUGGCCAAACCUACAACAUUAAUGACGCUGUACCCAGCACAGACGGUUGUUCCACAUGUAAGUGUGAUACUACAAGGACAGUGACUUGUGUUGCUAUGAGCAACCCUCCAGCAAGUUGUCUCCCCAAAUGCUACGUCAAUGGUCUUUCUUACAAUGUUAAUGACUUGGUACCUAGCUCAGAUGAUUGUUCCACAUGUAAGUGUGAUACUAACCAACAAGUGACUUGUGCUCCUAUUGACAAUCCUCCAACAAGAUGUCUCCCCAUAUGUGUCAUCAAUGGCCAAACCUACAACAUUAAUGACGCUGUACCUAGCCCAGAUGGCUGUUCCACAUGUAAGUGUGAUAUUACCAAGUCAGUGACUUGUGUUGCUAUGAGCAACCCUCCAGCAAGUUGUCUGCCCAAAUGCUACAUCAAUGGCAUUGCCUACAAUGUUAAUGACGUGGUACCUAGCACAGAUGACUGUUCCACAUGUAAGUGUGAUACUAACCAAGAAGUGGCUUGUGCAACUAUUACCAAUCCUCCAACAAGAUGUCUCCCCGUAUGUGUCUUCAAUGGCCAAAUCUACAAAAUCAAUGACGAUGUACCUAGCCCAGAUAGCUGUUCCACAUGUAAGUGUGAUAUUACCAAGACAGUGACUUGUGUUGCUAUGAGCAACCCUCCACCAAGUUGUCUCCCCGUAUGUUAUUUCAAUGGCCAAACCUACAACAUUAAUGACGCUGUACCCAGCACAGACGCUUGUUCCACAUGUAAGUGUGAUAUUACCAAGACAGUGACGUGUGUUGCUAUGAGCAACCCUCCAGCAAGUUGUCUCCCCAAAUGUUACAUCAAUGGCCUUUCCUACAAUGUUAAUGACGUGGUACCUAGCUCAGAUGACUGUUCCACAUGUAAGUGUGAUACUAACCAACAAGUGUAUUGUGCUCCUAUGAACAAUCCUCCAACAAAAUGUCUCCCCGUAUGUGUCUUCAAUGGCCAAACCUACAACAUUAAUGACGCUGUACCCAGCACAGACGCUUGUUCCACAUGUAAGUGUGAUAUUACCAAGACUGUGACUUGUGUUGCUAUGAGCAACCCUCCAGCAAGUUGUCUCCCCGUAUGUGUCGUCAAUGGCCAAACCUACAACAUUAAUGACGCUGUACCCAGCACAGACGCUUGUUCCACAUGUAAGUGUGAUAUUACCAAGACAGUGACUUGUGUUGCUAUGAGCAACCCUCCAGCAAGUUGUCUCCCCAAAUGCUACGUCAAUGGCAUUCCCUACAAUGUUAAUGACGUGGUACCUAGCACAGAUGACUGUUCCACAUGUAAAUGUGAUACUUACCAACAAGUGACUUGUGCUCCUAUUGACAAUCCUCCAACAAAAUGUCUCCCCGUAUGUGUCAUCAAUGGCCAAAUCUACAACAUUAAUGACGAUGUACCUAGCCCAGAUAGCUGUUCCACAUGUAAGUGUGAUGUUACCAAGACAGUGACUUGUGUUCGAAUGAUCAACCCUCCAGCAAGCUGUGUCCCCGUAUGUUAUUUCAAUGGCCAAACCUACAACAUUAAUGACGCUGUACCCAGCACAGACGCUUGUUCCACAUGUAAGUGUGAUGUUACCAAGUCAGUGACUUGUGUUGCUAUGAGCAACCCUCCAGCAAGUUGUCUCCCCAAAUGCUACAUCAAUGGCCUUUCCUACAAUGUUAAUGACGUGGUACCUAGCUCAGAUGACUGUUACACAUGUAAGUGUGAUACUAACCAACAAGUGUAUUGUGCUCCUCUGAGCAAUCCUCCAAAAAGUUGUCUCCCUGUAUGUGUCAUCAAUGGCCAAACCUACAACAUUAAUGACGAUGUACCCAGCACAGACGCUUGUUCCACAUGUAAGUGUGAUACAACCAAGACAGUGACUUGUGUUGCUAUCAGCAACCCUCCAGCAAGUUGUCUCCCCAAAUGCUACAUCGAUGGCCAAGCUUACAAUGUUAAUGACGAGGUACCUAGCUCAGACGACUGUUCCACAUGUAAGUGUGAUACUAACCAUCAAGUGACUUGUGCUACUAUUAACAAUCCUCCAACAAGAUGUCUCCCCGUAUGUGUCAUCGAUGGCCAAAUCUACAAAAUCAAUGACGAUGUACCUAGCCCAGAUGGCUGUUCCACAUGUAAGUGUGAUGUUACCAAGACAGUGACUUGUGUUGCUAUGAGCAACCCUCCACCAAGCUGUCUCCCCGUAUGUUAUUUCAAUGGCCAAACCUACAACAUUAAUGAUGCUGUACCCAGCACAGACGGUUGUUCCACAUGUAAGUGUGAUACUACUAAGACAGUGACUUGUGUUGCUAUGAGCAACCCUCCAGCAAGUUGUCUCCCCAAAUGCUACAUCAAUGGUCUUUCUUACAAUGUUAAUGAUGUGGUACCUAGCACAGAUGAGUGUUCCACAUGUAAGUGUGAUACUAACCAACAAGUGUAUUGUGAUACUAUUAACAAUCCUCCAGCAAGAUGUCUUCCAGUAUGUGUCAUCAAUGGCCAAACCUACAACAUUAAUGAUGCUGUACCUAGCACAGAUGAAUGUUCCACAUGCUUGUGUGGUGUUGACCGGCAGUUGCAUUGUUCUCCUGACCCAAAUCCUCCAGAGAAAUGUAUCACUUGCAUUAUUGACAACACAUCUUAUCAGCGUGGUGAACGUGUACCUUCCAAUGACCCCUGUAGAAUAUGUGUAUGUGAUGCUAACCGACAACUAAGCUGUUCUCCAAACCCAGCAUGCUGCAAAAUGGAUGACGAUUUUACAACACCAUCAAUAGAUCAUACAGGGCCACCAGGUGGCAGCAGUAUUUCCACUCCAUCAGGAUCACAUGACGGCAAUACUGGCUCAACGUCAACGUUAUCACCAUCAGGAUCACAUGACAGCAAUACUGGCUCAACGUCAACGUUACCACCAUCAGGAUCACAUGACAGCAGUACUGGCUCAACGUCAACGUUAUCACCAUCAGGAUCACAUGACAGCAAUACUGGCUCAACGUCAACGUUAUCACCAUCAGGAUCACAUGGCAGCAAUACUGGCUCAACGUCAACGUUAUUACCUCCAAAUACCCUAAUUUCAACACACAGUUCACCAGUACUCUGUGCUCAGAGGAUAUGCGUCAAUGGAAAAGUACUUCAAACUACCACCCUUUGCUCAAUUCCAACAACUACUCACAUAACUCCUGCAACAACUGUGACUACCACAAUAUGUUCGUGUAAUUAUAAUGGAACAGUAUAUGAACCAGGUCAGGAAAUCAUAAAAAGUACCAUUCUUGGAAAAUGCUACACAGUCAUAUGUGAUGGCAGUUGUGGGCAAACACCUGCAAUUGAAAUACCUUGUGAUACAACACCAACAACUACAAUAACUACAACACCAACUACAACACCAACAACUACAACAACUACAACAACUACAACACCAACAACUACCAAAACGACAACACCAACCACAACUAAAACAACCACCAAGUCAACCACCGUCACUACAAUCAGUACAACUACUCCUUGUGUGCCCUACACAAACUGGCAGAUGUGUAACUGCACCAAAGCAGUAUGCAAUUCAGCAGGUCAACUACAGAUUGUUCAAAAGGGUUGCACACCUCCACCAGCAAUUACUUGUGCCAAUAGAAUGGCGCCACUUGCCGUGCCAGAUGAUGACUUAUGCUGCUGGCAUUGGGAGUGCCCAUGUAUGUGUGCUGGCUGGGGAGAUCCUCAUUAUCUUACCUUUGAUGGAACCUAUUAUACAUAUCAAGGAAACUGCACCUACGUUCUUGUUGAAGAAAUUGUGAAAACUGUUGAUAACUUUGGCAUUUACCUUGACAAUUAUGACUGUGGAGAUAGAACUGGUAUUAGCUGCCCCCGCAAUCUUACUAUACGACAUGAAACUCAGGAAAUCUUAAUUUCACCUAAAACAUUUACACCUGUAUCAUUGGAGACUCGUGUAAAUGGACAUCUUGUGUUGCUUCCUUAUUCAAAAUAUGGAGUCAAAGUUUACAAAGCUGGAGUAAAUUUUGUGGUGGAGAUACCAGAACUUAAGACCAAUGUCACUUAUAAUGGUGUGACCUUUAAUAUAAAGAUGCCAUAUGGGAAGUUUUUUAACAACACACAAGGACAGUGUGGUACUUGCACAAACAACCAAGCUGAUGACUGUAUGAUGGCUAAUGGUACAAUCACAACUAACUGUGUAGCUAUGGCUGAUUCUUAUAUUGUGGAUGACCCAAUCAAACCUCAAUGCAAGAGCAACAAAAAAUUACCUCAACCAAUAAGUCCAACUUGCAAAUCUUCUCUCUGUGACCUCAUCAUGGGACCUCUUUUCCUAAAAUGCCAUGCGAUACAACCACCAGAACCCUUCUACCAGGCCUGCCUUUAUGACAGCUGCAAUGUGGCCAACUCAAACAUUGAAUGUACAAGUUUACAACAUUAUGCCUCAAUCUGCGGUGAUCGAGGUGUCUGUAUUCCAUGGAGAAGCCAGGCCUCAGCUUGUCCUAUUACUUGUCCUUCUAACAGAGUAUACAAUGCAUGUGGUCCAGCUAUCCCCUUAACUUGCCAGACUACACCAACAGAUGCCAAAGCACUAAAAAAUGACAGACGUGUCGUGGAAGGAUGUUUCUGUCCCAGCAGCACUAUGCCAUUUAGCGCGGCAAUUGAUAUCUGCGUAAACAAUUGUGGGUGCGUUGGACCAGACAACAUUCCCCGCUCGUAUGGAGAAUCCUUUGAGUUUAACUGUGAGACCUGCAUGUGCUUGGAGGGUGGUCGUGGAAUAACCUGCCAAAAAAUACAGUGUCUUAAUGUAAGAAAUGAAGUGUGUUCUCUGGAAGGCUUCUACCAAGUGACUCAAGUCAGUGAAACAAACAAAUGCUGCAGUGAAACUGUAUGCAGAUGUGACCCAAGUCGGUGCUCAGACACCUUGCCCAAAUGUGAACCUGGAUUUGAAAUUAAGGGUGGAAUUGAGGAUGGACAUUGUUGUCCCACCUAUAUUUGUGCACCAAAACAAGUUUGUGUUAGUGGAAAUGCUGAAUACCUGCCUGGAUCUCAUGUUUACACAGAGACUUGUGAAAAUUGUGUCUGUGCACAAAAUGGAAACAAUUUUACAAUUGCCUGCGACCCAAUUGUCUGCAACAUUCAGUGCCCAACUGGUUUUGAGGCAAAGACAAAUUCCCCAUCUGACUGCUGUGGUACCUGUCAGCAAACCAGCUGUGUGGUGAAUUAUGAUGGCUCCUACCGGCUUAUGAAUCCUGGAGAUGUUCUGCCCUCCACGAAUGAUAACUGUACAAUGUACAAAUGCUCAUUAAUCAAUGAUCAGUUCAUCACCACUGUCUCUCAAAUCUCUUGCCCCAUAUUAAAUGAAGAAGACUGUGAGCCUGGGACCGUUCAGCUAUCACCCAAUGGAUGCUGCAAAACAUGUAUCCAAAAGGAUGCAUCCUGCAAGGUACAGACAUUUGAUGAUUACUUGAUCUAUCAAGGAUGCACAUCAGUGGCGAGGGUCAAAAUGUCUCGCUGUGAAGGAUCCUGCGGAACUUCUUCAAUGUACUCGGCUGAUGCACAGACUAUGUCCCAUACAUGUUCUUGUUGCCAAGAGGUUCAGACUACAACAACUAAAGUGAAGCUGCAGUGCCCUGAUGGAACAUUACUUGAUCAUACGUACAUUGAUGUGCAGGAGUGCCAGUGUACCGGUACCAAAUGUCCAGAUGGAACUGUAUAGGCUGACAAUGUAAACCUUUAACAAUGUAUACUAUACAAGUUCAGAUGAAAAUGUAUAGUCUGGCAAUAUAAACCUUUACCAAUGUAUUUUAAAAAGAAAAAAAAAAUAGUCAAAAAGUUACAAAAAACAGUUGUUCCAUAAUCAUUUUGCAUUUAAACAAAUGAGUUGUCGAUUUUUGUGAUUUGUACCUUUGCCUCUUAAAAUUAAAGCACUUUCUCAUACAA